AUGGGCAAUAAGAUACUCCCUAGCAACACUCGCUUGGGCUGCUUCUGGAAUCGACAACGAAAGUGCAUCAACAAUCUCCUCGGCGCGGAAGAUAAAAAAGCCGUGAAGAGCCGCCGUAUUAAUCUGAAGGAGAGUGCAGUUUCUGCUGCCAAAACGGCCAGGGUCCCAGCUCAAAUGCUGCUCUACUGCGUCGCCAAACUCUUGGAGAGUAUCGUCUUCUUCCUGUUCGUCCCCUUCACCAUCAUAUAA